GGGUUUAGAAUCGAGAUAGGGUUUUAAAACCCCAAACUUUCCUCUCAUUUCCUCUCUCCUCCGCUCGUCUCGCCGCCUCCUGACCUCGCCGGCGUCCGUGCUCCGCCACUGUGUCCGGCGACUCCUCGGCCAUGAGAAGGUGGAGCUCCAUCAUGAGCUAGAGAUGUCCGUUUCUUGCUGCUGAGGAAGAUUUUUUCAAGCUUCUCUUUUCUUCAAUACUUGGCUUGCGCUAGCCAUGGAAUUAAUAAUGGGACACGCACACCGAAGUGUGCUUGCAUUUGCAUCUGCACGCUCAUCCUGUUUUCUGAAAAACUGUCUUUGCUUGAGAACAUUAUCUGCACCAAGGACAGCACAGUUUCAUAAGACUACUUUGUUCAGGAAUCGAGCUGAUGGGGAGGAUGAUUCUCUUUCUCUCUCAAGUAUUGGAUUUAAAUGCCAGGUUGAGACUGGAAAGAAAGGGACGAUUGUAGAGAUUGAAAAUGUCAGUACAGCUAAAAAAAUCUCUCCAAGUAAAGUUAAAACAGCCAGGACCAGCUUGGCUAAGCAAUCUACUAUGAAAAGUGUACAAGGAAUAGAGGGAGCCCCAUUUGCAGCAAAAUCCUUCUCUGAUCUUGGGCUUUCACCUUUGUUGAUUGAUCGGUUGGAGAAGGAAGGUCUGACUGUUCCAACUGAUGUACAGUCUGCUGCUAUCCCUACAAUUUCGCAGAAGCAUGAUGUUGUCAUUCAGUCCUAUACUGGUUCAGGAAAGACUCUUGCUUAUCUUCUCCCUAUACUGUCCCAAAUAGGACCUUUUAAGUAUCCUACAGAAGAUGACCGAUCUGAACAAAAACCAGGCAUAGAGGCUGUCAUUGUUGCCCCUUCAAGGGAGUUAGGUAUGCAAAUAGUUAGAGAAAUAGAGAGAUUGUUAGGUCCUGCAAACAAGAAGCUUGUUCAACAGCUUGUGGGGGGUGCAAAUAGAUCGAGGCAAGAAGAGGCUCUCAAAAAGAACAAGCCGGCCAUUGUUGUUGGAACCCCUGGCCGUAUUUCUGAGAUUUCAGCAGCUGGGAAGCUCCAUACCCAUAACUGUCGUUUUUUAGUGUUAGAUGAAGUUGACCAGCUUUUAUCCUUUAACUAUCGAGAGGACAUGCAUAGAAUACUCGAACAUGUGGGAAGAAAGUCUGGUGCAAAACCGAGUGGUGUACUAAGCCCACUUACUAGGCGUACUGAACGCCAAACAAUCUUGGUCUCUGCAACUGUGCCAUUCUCAGUUAUAAGGGCAGCUAGGAGCUGGGGGUCAAAUCCUCUCAUUGUCAGAGCUAAGAGUGUUCAACCUCUCGAUUCUGUGUCUAUUCCGUCAAAUGCCCCUUCAGUGUCUACUUCUGAUGCCAACUCCAGCUCAAGCUCUGUAACACAAGGAGCAAUUGAUAGCUUGCCACCUGCUUUGAAACACUACUAUAGUGUUUCUAAACUUCAGCAUAAAAUUGACACCUUGAGGAGAUGUGUUCAUGCACUGGAUGCAAAGGCGGUGAUUGCUUUUAUGAACAAUACCAAGCCCUUGAAGGAUGCAGUGUUUAAACUGGAAGCACGUGGGAUGAAGGCUGCUGAGUUGCAUGGUGAUCUUGGAAAACUUGCAAGAUCGACCACUCUGAAGAAAUUCAAGAACGGUGAAAUAAGAGUAUUACUGACUAAUGAGUUGUCUGCAAGGGGUUUGGAUGUGCCUGAAUGUGAUUUGGUCGUGAACUUGGACUUGCCUACAGACUCUAUACAUUAUGCUCAUCGGGCUGGUCGAACAGGAAGGCUUGGCCGAAAGGGGAGUGUAGUAACAAUCUGUGAAGAACCUGAGACUUUUGUUGUGAAGAAACUAAGGAGGCAGCUAGGAAUUGCCAUUCAACCAUGUGAGUUUAAAGAAGGGAAGCUCACUAUUGGCGAAGAGGAAAAAACGGAGAAUUAAAGGGGUAAUGUUUUCUUUAUUUGUCAGGUUUUACUUCAAUGAACUGGUUGUUGUAUAUGAUUCAGUGACUGUCAUUCAUAGGAAUGUCAUGCUAUUAAUAUUACUAGUUAUUUUCUUAUCAUCCUGUGCCCCCUCUUUUAAAUUGGUUUUCUUAC